AUGCUAGCUUGGGGAGGUUAUGACUUGGGAGUUUUCCCUCCUAUGCAUUGUUCUCCUCCAUUUGGGAUUGGCAAUUGUUCCAGAGGCAACUCUUCAACUGAGCCAUAUAUUGCACUCCAUAACAUGUUGCUUGCACACGCAUCUACCGCAAGAUUGUAUAAGCAAACGUACAAGGUAUAA